AUGCAGCUGACACUCCCAAGAACACUUGCUGCAGUUGGGAAGAUUCGGCGGUGGGCAAGGCUUGAGGACAGAAAGCCGGGAACAAUACGAGUCGGAAACCCGGAAAGGCGACCCGGAAAACGAGAUUGGCCUGGCGGGGAUGGAAGAGGCAGAACGCUGGGUCGUACAGUUGUGCUCGGAAGACCCGGAUGGCAAUGGAGGGAAUUUGGUCGGGGAAAGGAGCAGAGAAGUGGAAUCGGGGUCAUAGUGAAGGACGGAAAAGGUAAUGUUAUUGAUGGAAAUGAUGGAAUGUGGGUAGGAACAGCGGAUUUGGAAGGCUGGAUGGCCACAGCCGGAAUAGGAAGAGAAAGGAUAGGGAAGUUUGGAAUUGAAAGGAAGAAGAAGAAGAAGAAGAAAAAGAGAGCGGCGGCGAUGGAUGAAUAUGAAGAUGAUGACAACAUAAUGAAACCGAAUCAGAAGUUGACAGAGGAAUCAACCUCUCACGGAGAAGAGGAAGAGGAGGAGGAAGAGAGAGGGCAGUGCGUGACUGUGGGUGGGGAAGGUCUGUUAUCGAGGAAGAAAGGGGAAAGAGAGAGAAGUGAGUCAGUCACGUGA